AUGUCUACCUCUUUUGAUCACUCAGUGAUCCUCAGUCCCCUGGACCACAUAGCGCCCCAGGCAUAUGUCUCCUAUCUAUUGUAUUUUCAGACCGCGAAUUCUACGCACUGUCUCUCUCUGUUGGAAGCCGGCAUCACAAGUUUGACAAAAGUGCUUCCCAUUCUACUCGGGCACAUCGUCGUUAAUCCAGAGCUCGAUGGAAAAUAUAACAUUCAGAGUGUCCAAAUACCAUGUGCAAAAGAAGACGUUACAAUCCUGGUACACAAGCAUCACCCAUUUUCUAUGGAAAGCGCGUUAGGAGGUGUGCAGAACGGCAUGUCAAUGCUUGAGACAUCUGACUCCAAGCAGCAUCUUUGUCCGCUCCCACCGCUUAUUACCUCGACUGAAAGACAGCCUGUGAUUCGGUUCCAGGCAAAUAUUUUCACUGAUGCAAUCGUGCUGGCGAUGACGUUCAGCCAUAUUGUUUUUGACGGAACGGGCGCGGCAAAAAUCCUUGCGUUACUGGGAAGAUGCUGUCGAGACCCAUCAGUUACCCCGCUGCCGCUCAUCAUUGACGAGCAAGAUCGAGCUCAGAGCGCUAUAUUUGCGGGACCGGCAGACACGUCUCCUGCCCAAGAUCACACGGCAGAACUUGGUCCUGCGCCGGCAAUACACCCCGUUCCCCUUGACGCAGCGUCGCUCAGAACAUGUCGCUUUGAAUUCAACAGUGAGCGAAUUUUGCAGCUCAAACACCAAUGUGCUCAACUCCUAAAGCACGCCUGCAUGUUCCAGCCAAAUAGUGCGUCUAUUUCUGUCGCUGAUCUUCCACCCUUCUUGUCGAGCAAUGAUGUCUUGACUUCGGCUCUUGCGGACGCAAUACAAAGGGUCAAAUCUCAAAGCAAGAAAGGGCAGACUUAUGACUGCCUGGACUUAUGUAUGGCAGUCAAUAUGCGCGGCCGGAUCGAGUUAUCCGCAGCAAAAGAGUUUCUGGGAAACAUGGCAUGUAAUCUUCGAUUAAAAACUCCAGGCCCGGAGUAUACCAGGCCAGAGCAUUGGCGACAUCUUGAUAUUUAUGGUCUGGAUUUUGGUGACAGUUUUGGAAUUGUCCACAAUUUCGAUCUUUCAUUCGGCCUGAUUGAGGGUGACGUCAUUUUUCUCCCGAAACGACUCACUUGUGACCAAAAGGAAGCAGGUUGGGACGUUCAUAUCACGCUACCUGCGAAGGAUCUUGAGGCACUUGUCGAAGAUGAUCUCAUUCGCUGGUUGAUGGGUCGGCAUGGAGAAUGA